UCUUUCCACUGUGUUCCGUGUUUUGGAAUGAGCCUGAUUGUAAUUGGCCUGUGCAGGACUGUGAGGGUGGAGAGAGGGCGUCGUAAACCACGGUUUUAAGGCAUAAGCACUAUCCCCAUGAAGAAAGCCCUGCACAAUUCCGCUGUCAAAAGCGGUGUGGAUUGAACUGUUGAGCAAUAUUCUUGAGUCAUGGGUGCUGCCUGGCCACUGCGCUACAAUGUUGCUAAUAAGGAGGCUAGGAUCCGAAAUUAUUUGUACUUUAAUUGAAUGAUAACCCUUUCUGUUGACAUAUAUAUUCUCAUUCUGAUAUGGAGCCUGAAUUUUAAUAUGUGUGCCAUCAACCGCACCCACAACAAUCCAGCGUUCUCAUAAAACCUUCCUUUAAGUUUCCGCAGUUUGGACGGGUCUGUUGAAAACGUAAUGAAGUGGUUCCGUUUUCUUUGCAGCGACUGAGAUACGCGGUGGACAAUCCUGCUGGCUGGCGAUUUGUGAAUUCAUGUGAAGUCUCCAACAACAUUUAAAAAACUUCCAGUGGCAUAGAAACGAACUGGCACACAAACUUGAAUGAUUGCGGGGAUGCUGUGGCUUCUGUUAGUUGCAGGCUCCAAGUCAUCUUUUUACAUUUCCACUAAAGAAAACACCAGUCAGAGAUGCAGACCAACGAUGGCAGGACGGGAAACGCGGAUCUCGGAAAGGCCCUGUGCAUCAUCACCGGAGCAUCCAAAGGCUUUGGCAGGAGCUUAGCCCAGCUUGCCAGCCCCCUCCUGCGGCCCGGCUCUGUGAUGGUGCUGGUCGCGAGAUCGGGGGACAAGCUGCGGGAGGUGCAGUCUGAAAUCUCAGGCACUAUCCCAGCCAAAGACGGUUUAGAAAUUAAAUGUGUGGAAGCGGACCUCGGGAGAAAAGAAGGGCUGCAGGAGGUAGUGAGAGUGGUGUCUGGAAUCGAACCGCAAGCCAUCGACCACGUCCUUCUCAUCAACAACGCAUCUGCACUAGGAGAUGUCUCCCGUUUCGCUGCAGAUUUCACGUGCCUUGCCGAGGUGGACUCCUACCUUUCCUUCAACGUGAGCUCUAUGCUGUGCCUCACUGCCUCCGUGCUGAAGGCGUUUCCACGGCGAGACGGGCUGAGGCGCAGCAUGGUCAAUGUGAGCUCUCUGUGUGCUCUGCAGCCCUUCAAGUCCUGGUCUCUGUACUGCAUGGGCAAGGCUGCCCGGGAGAUGCUUUUCAGAGUGCUGGCAGAGGAAGAGCCUGACGUGAGAGUGUUGAACUACGCACCAGGUCCUCUCGAUACAGACAUGCAGCUGGAGGCUCGCUCACUCUCUGGAGACCUGGAGUUGCGGCAGACCUUCAACAGCUUGCAUGCCAGCGGCCAGCUGCUCUCCUGCUCCCAGUCCGCCACCAAACUGAUGCAGCAGCUACUGAGAGACGAGUUCGAGUCAGGAGCCCACAUAGACUACUACGAUGUGUAGAGCCCAGUCUGACAGGAGUGCACAUGCGGGCCAGGCCUCUGGAAUGACCUGCAUAUCCUAACAGGUUUUCAUUUUGUGAAUCUAUUGAAAAGUACAAGAAAGUGAGAGUGUGUACCUCAGUCAUAACCUGGACACCCCUGCCUACCUGCCAGCCUGCCUUCCUGCUAUUCAGUCCUGGGCAUCUCUCUAGCAGGGAUAGCCAGUUGUGCCUUGUUAUUGGAUAAAGGCAUCUGCUAAAUAAACAAAUAAUAAUAUUGGGGCUAAUGGGAAUUGAGUUUAGUUGCACUGGCACUGAAAUACAGUUAGCACAAAUUCGAAUGUUUGCUGAGUUCACUAACAGGGGGUGUCUAUCAUCCCUCUGCUGUUUGUAAGCAGUACUCACUUUUUUUAAGGGCAAGUUUUUAUGUGCAAAAUCUACAUUCCAUUAAAUACAAAAAUAAAAAAAAUCCUUAGCAGCCUUAGUUUCCAUUUCUAAGGAGAUAUUGAAUAAAAUGUGUUUUAAAUGAAGCGCACAUAGAAAACAUUUACGUUUUUUCUUCCCUAAUUCAGUGAUGCAAGUUUGAUUUAUUAUUGCCAUACAACAGGAAAUACCGUCAGUCUAAAGCAGCGCUGAAUUAUUUUGACUGAAUGAACACCUCUGAUCUUUUAAAGCAAACCCUUAAAAGGAAUGUGUUUAUUCAGGUCCAGUGAUAAGUCUAAUAGGUGUGUCCAGUUAUCAGGUAUCCCUACACACAAAAAAACUAAACACUAAGAAACAGAACCCUGUGUCUGGAAAUGUUUCAUUUGUUUUCAGGUGGGGUGUGUAGGUACCGAGCACAGUGAAAAUGUCUUUGCUGUGUAUGGUGGAAUAAACCAAGCCCUGUUUCUGUUUCCCUGCUCACUGUUGUACUGCUCUGUAUCAUGUCUAAGUCAUGCAUUGUUGUAAUGUGCCUUUCCCUGAUGUAAAGAGAUGAUUUUAUUUGAGACACAAUCUAAUAUAAAUGUUUUUAAUAAAAUGCAUUCUCAUCAUUA